GUUCAUAUUUCCAGUACGGACUGUAAAAAAGGAAGGCUCUUAUCCAGAAGAGAUGGCUACGGCGCUCCUCCUCUUCACCGCCACUCCAACCGUCGCUUCUCUCUCAUUGCAUUCUUCUUCAUCACCCUCGUCUUCCUCUUUGCUCGCUGCUCAUCCUUUCUCGAGGUUUGGUAAAACCUGUAAUGGUUUGGCACCAAGAACGUACAUCAAUCACCGAAUUCAUGCCCCAUAUAUUGUCAAAGGACGAGAUGCAUUGGUUGUGAAUGCAACUUCUGAUGUUGAUGGUGUGAGCGCUGACAACAAUCCCGAAUCUCCCUCAGAAACUAAAGAGGAAAAUGUGUCGGUUGAGAACCUCCCUUUGGAGUCCAAGCUCCAGGAAAAGCUUGACCAGAAAACGAGGAUGAAAAUGGCGAAGAAAAUUAGACUGAGAAGAAAGCGGCUGCUCAGGAAACGCCAUCUGAGGAAGAUUGGGAGAUGGCCACCAUCCAAGUUGAAAAAGAACAAGAAUGUUUAGCCUUUUCUUCCCAUUUUGUGUGAUCUCCCUUUCAUCCAAUAUGCAUCUAAAAUGGAAAGAAACUAGAUAAAUUCUUUGUGUUGUACUACCAGAUAUCUGUACUUGAGAGUUUUCUACUGCUAAUACAAUCGUAUUUGUUUAUAUUA